UUAUGUCACGCUCGCUCAAUCUUUUUUCAUAAUUAUCCACAAAUUUUGCCAUAAAAAAUUUACUUUAUGUUUUAAUGUCUCCUUUUAAAUGAUUUAAAAUGUUUCGUAAUACAUUAAGAGUAAAUUUGAUAGCACGAGGUCAAGUUAAAAGAUGUAAACACACCAGUAAAUUGGAUGCUAUAAGAGAAAAGCUAAGAGAGGGUCCAGGUUUAGCUGAUUUCAUAUCUGAAGAUAGACCGGCCAACUGGGAUGACUAUGAGGGGAAGCUGAAACGAGAGAAAGGUGAAGUGGAAAGAUUGAGGCUACCUCCCUGGUUAAAGACAUCUAUACCUACAGGUUCAAAGUUCAGUGCACUAAAGGAGCAGCUCCGUGGGCUGAAGUUGAGUACAGUGUGUGAGGAGGCACGGUGUCCUAACAUUGGUGAAUGCUGGAGCGGAGGCAAGCAUGGCACAUCUACUGCUACUAUCAUGCUAAUGGGCGAUACUUGCACACGCGGCUGCAUGUUUUGUUCUGUAAAGACUUCUCGUGCGCCGCCCCCCCUGGACCCGGAUGAGCCUCGCAACACUGCCUAUGCUGUGGGUCAGUGGGGACUCGGCUAUAUUGUGUUGACAUCUGUCGACAGAGAUGAUUUGCCAGAUGGUGGUUCUUCACACUUUGCGGAAACUGUGAAAGAAAUAAAACGACAGAACAGCGAGAUCCUGGUAGAGUGCCUGGUGCCCGACUUCCGCGGCAAUCGGGAGAGCAUCGCGACCAUUGCUAACUGCGGCCUGGACGUGUUCGCGCACAACAUCGAGACCGUGGAGAGACUCACACCCUUCGUGAGGGACAGGCGCGCUGGGUAUCGUCAAACGCUGAAGGUGUUGGAGACGGCGAAGGAGGUGAACCCUGAGCUGGUGACAAAGUCCUCCAUCAUGCUGGGUUUGGGCGAGACCGAUGAACAAGUGGAGCAAACUAUGAAAGAUCUCCGGUCAGCGGGCGUGGACUGUGUGACACUGGGUCAGUACAUGCAGCCGACGAAGAGGCACCUCAAAGUGUUUGAGUACGUGACACCCGCCAAGUUCCAGCAGUGGGAGAGUCGGGGCGCGCAGCUCGGCUUCCUCUACACAGCCAGCGGACCUCUCGUCAGGUCCUCAUACCGCGCCGGAGAAUUCUUCAUCACCAGUCUGCUCAAAGACAGGAAGGCCAAGACAAACUGAUCACCUUCGCUCCUACACUCACAUGGAACCUGAACACUGUGAAAUUAGUAUGACACACUAACGGCUUAGCCACCAACUAAUGACUCAUCAUGGGUUUCUGACAACAAAAUCUUUGUAUAGAACAUAUCGUCAUCAUCUUUGACAAAACAUUUAUAACAGUAUGAUUAAAAUGGAGUUUUUACCUUAGAAACCCGCAGUAAGAACGAUAGUUAAAGACAGGGAGAUGGUCAAACUAAAUAAUCGAUCUUUAAGUCGAGGAUAUUUUUUUUAUAAAUUGCGAUAG